GUGAACUUAUCCACACUGUCCCUGAAGUGGGUGAUAUGGCCGCUCAAUCCUCUUUGGCCUUCAUGAACAGAUCCGUCAUCGCCGGCGGCAACACAUUUGACUACCAUCAAGCCCCAUUUACUGCAUUAAUGCGAUGAUGUCGUCGUGGGUGACGCCCUUCACCAUGCCUACGCCCUUCACCUUGUCAACAACACUAAAAUGGUCGACUGUCCUCCUCCGGCGCGGUGUUUUCUAUAUCCUCAAGACGCGCCUGCGAUCCUAGAAGACUUUUUGCAGUUUCAUCCCUCAAGACAUCUCGAUCUCAAUACCAGGCCAACAGAGGCUACGAUACUCCAUCAUGGGUCAACUAGUUGUUCACUGGUUCGUGUGCAACCACCUGUACCCGCAAUGGAAAACCGACUAUCUACCUUCGGGGGCUCUCCCUGGCCAAGAUGUUGCCCCAGUGGCUGCCAUACAUGCAUUUCCUUGCCCUGCAUGUGUGACAUCACCCACCGGGUUCAACCAGUUCCGGAAGAUGCUCCUGAUGACCGCCGGCAUUCUCAGCCUUAUCCUCGGUAUCCCGGUCUAUGAUGAGGAGUUUAUACACUCAAUGGUGCACUUCUACGCCCGAGGGGACCAUCUGAGAUGGGAACAGCCACCUGCUCUCGGUGCCAAUUAUCUACCAGAGGAUCCCCAUCUACGGUACAUGUGGAAGGAGUCGUAUAUGAACAGCACGGGGUUCUACAAGAAUCGGGGUGUGGUAGGCUAUGCCUUCGAUGCCAUUACACCUCUGGUGACUCGAUUGAACUACAAAGACCGCGCGAGUCUCAACUACUCCCUCGUCAAUCACCUCCCAAAGUCCCCGUACUACUAUGUGUCGUACGAACCGUUGGCUGUAGCUGCCUUUGAUUUCAAUGAGUUUCCUCACGAGAGAAAGAGACGCCGAGCUGAAGCUUCCAUCCAACAGGCUAUUGCUGAAAAUCAGGCCCCUGUAACUGUGCAGAGGGUUCAGACAACACAGGCGAUUGCUGAGCAUCUGACCCCUACUACUGUGCAGAGGGCUCAGAUAACAGAGGCGGUACAGCCAUUCGUGAGAAUGGACCCCUCUCUCGCUCAAAGUGACCCAUUCGUUAGCAAUCCUGCCUCAAUACCUCAAGCGCCCAAUACCCAAACUGUUCCCGCUCCUGUUGGGCAACAGCCCUGGCUCCGAAAGAUUCCCGGGACAUACAAGCGUCAGAGAGUCUUCGGGAGGGAACCAUGUCCCGAUAAGACCCCCACACCUUCGGCUGGCGACAGGACUUGGUCCAUGGUGUCAAACUCUCCCGUUAGGAGGUAUAAUCCCCAGGAUAGGGCACUCCCUUGUGUCAACCCAUCUGUGACCACAAUGGGCAACGAUACUCAAAACCCUCCUAUGAUUAGCGCAGCUAACAAUGCAAUGCGCGCGACCGGAAAUGAGAACCAGGAGAGUGCAUCGGCCAUUGAUAGCUACCAGUUCCCCGUGAAUGCUGACUCCCUUGUCACAGUCACGUUGCCCGCACUCCCUCCAACUGUUCCCACUUACAUGCCGCCUAACGUCCUCGAAGAUGUCAUCGCAGGGCCCUCAGACUCUGUCUUACGCAAUCCCUGGUCGUUAUCUCCCGUAGAGUGGAGUGAGGAUGGUCCCGAAGUGAGGUCCCGAGAGGAAAGCCCGUCGGUAGUUCUUUUCCUUGACAGCGAAGAGACAGCACUGAGUGAAGAUCCGCUUCCUGCUCCCUUGGCCGACCUGCCUACAGAAGAGCCGCACUUGUUGCAAGGUCUCUCCGCGACUGAAAGGGAGGUUGAGCCCAACCCUUACGAUGAUGAUGAUGACUUCCUUCUAUUCGAGGAGUUCGAGUGGAAUCUGCACUAGGCAUUGAGCGCUGCAAUCUCGAUAGGAUUCGCAAGACAAUAGGUGAGGAGAGCAGAUGAUGCCUCGCCUUCAGACCAGUUCUGUUUUCAUUCUCGUUUCUUCUUCGUUUCACCAUAGUUUCCUUUCUUACCUCCCGUUCAUGCCGUGCGUUAUACUCGUCUCUGUCAUUAUGCACAAGGCGCUUUCUCGUUCAUGCUUUUCAAUUUGCCCCAUCAUCUCUGGCUCAAUCCUGCUUUAAUUCGAAGUAAAGGCAAAAGAAAACGUGUCAAUUUAGUGAUCUUUGAGCAGCUUUCCAUCUCGGAGAUGCAGACCGUUG